AAUCUUGAGAGUAAAAUGAUCAAAUUUCUGAAGAAUGAACUGGAGAAAUUUAAGAAAAUCUUACAGGAAGAAAACAGUCAAGAGUUUGUAAAGGACUUUAAUGACAACAGAAGCAGAAUCACAGAAGCAGCUCUUGAUCUCACACUCUUCUUCCUGAGAGAGAUGAAGCAAGAUCAAGCUGCUGAUACUCUCGUGGAUGAGCUGUUCUUCAUCAAUCAGCUUAAAUGUAGCCUGAAGAAGAAAUAUCAAAGUGUGUUUGAAGGAAUUGCUCAGCAAGGAGCCUCCACACUUCUGAAUAACAUCUACACAGAUCUCUAUAUCACUCAGGGUGCGAGUGAACAGGUCAACACUGAACAUGAGAUCAGACAGAUUGAAGUUGCUUCCAGACGUCAUCAGUCACUAGAGAUACAGGUUGAAUGCAAACAUUUGUUUGAAGCACCUGAACAAGACGAGCAGAUCAGAACUGUCCUGACAAAAGGAGUUGCUGGCAUCGGGAAAUCAGUCUCUGUGCAAAAGUUUGUUCUGGAUUGGGCUGAAGGAAGAGAAAAUCAAGACAUCAGCUUCAUAUUUCCUCUUCCAUUCAGAGAGAUGAACUUAAAGGAGAAAGAAAGACAAAGUUUAAAAGACCUCAUAACUCAGUUUUUCCCAGAGACUAAAGGACUGAACCUUACAAGAAGCACACGAUUCAAAGUCCUGUUCAUACUUGAUGGAUUGGAUGAAUGUCGUCUUCCUCUGAACUUUGCUGGUAAUGAGACGUGUCAUGAUGUAUCGUCAGCAGUCUCUCUGGAUGUUCUCCUGACGAACCUCAUCAAGGCAAAUCUGCUUCCUUCUGCUCUCAUCUGGAUCACCAGCAGACCAGCAGCUGCCAGUAAGAUUCCUGCUGACUGUAUCGACCGGCUGACAGAGAUACGAGGAUUCAAUGAUACCCAAAAAGAGGAGUACUUCAGAAAGAGACUCACAGAUCAGAAUCAGGCCAGAGAAAUCAUUGAUCACAUUAAACAGUCAAAGAGUCUCUUUAUUAUGUGCCACAUCCCAGUCUUCUGCUGGAUUUCAGCCACUGUUCUCCAGAACAUUUUGAAGGAGAACAGAAAUACUGAACUGAAACACAGAGCUAAUGCUGAAACACUGCAGGAAUCUCCCAAGACUCUGACACAGAUGUACACACACUUUCUCCGCUUUCAGAUCCAGCAGAGCAGAAGAAAGUAUGAUGGAGAAAACACACCAGAUGUCUCCUGGGAUCCAAACCUCAUCCUUUCACUGGGGAAACUGGCCUUCCAGCAGCUGGAAAGAAACAAUAUGAUCUUCUAUGAGAGCGAUCUGAAAGACUGUGGCAUUGACGUUUAUAAGGCAUCGGUGUACUCAGGCAUGUGUACCCAGAUCUUUAAGGAGGAGACAGGAAUCAUUCUUGGUACCAUGUACUGCUUUCUUCACUUGAGCAUUCAAGAGUUCAUUGCAGCCCUUUAUCAACAUCUGUUUCUAGACAUCAACAAGAAACAAGCAGAAAACAGCAGAAAUGUGUCCAUGAUUGAUUUGCUGAAGACCGCAGUAGACAAGGCUCUAAAAAGUGAGAAUGGACAUCUGGACCUUUACCUUCGCUUCCUUCUUGGUCUGUCACUCCAGUCCAAUCGACAACUCUUACGAGGCCUGUUGACACAGCAGGAUGACAGAGACCAUUGCGAAAAGAAAAUAAUUGCGUACAUCAAGAAGAAACUUGAAGGAAAUCUGUCUCCAGAGAGAUCCAUCAAUCUGUUCUACUGUCUGAAUGAAGUGAAUGAUCAAACUCUGCUGAAACAGAUUCAGUCUCACCUCAGUAGAGAAAGUCUGUCAUCUGCUCGCCUUUCACCUGCUCAGUGGUCUGCUCUGGUCUUUGUGUUGUUGACCUCAGAGGAGGAGCUGGAGGAGUUUGAGCUUCAGAAAUUCCAGAGAUCAGACGAGUGUCUCAUCAGACUAUCAGCAGUCAUCAAAUCCUCCAAAAGAGCUCAGCUACAGGGCUGUUAUCUCACUGUUCGGUCCUGUAAGAGUUUGUCUUCAGCUCUACAAUCCUCAAACUGUGUCAUGAGAGAGCUGGACCUGAGUAACAAUGACCUGCAGGAUUCAGGAGUGGAGCUUCUCUCUGAUGGACUGAAGAGUCAACACUGUAAACUGGAGACACUGAGACUGGUGACAUGUUAUCUCACUGUUCAGUGCUGUGAGAUUUUGUCUUCAGCUCUACAAUCCUCAAACUGUGUCAUGAGAGAGCUGGACCUGAGUAACAAUGACCUGCAGGAUUCAGGAGUGAAGCUUCUCUCUGAUGGACUGAAGAGUCAACACUGUAAACUGGAGACACUGAGAUUGGCCAUGUGUAAUCUCACUGCUCAGUGCUGUGAGAGUUUGUCUUCAGUUCUACAAUCCUCAAACUGUGUCCUGAGAGAGCUGGACCUGAGUAACAAUGACCUGCAGGAUUCAGGAGUGAAGCUUCUCUCUGAUGGACUGAAGACUGUAAACUGUAAACUGGAGAGACUGAGAUUGGUCAUGUGUAAACUCACUGUUCAGUGCUGUGAGAGUUUGUCUUCAGCUCUACAAUCCUCAAACUGUGUCCUGAGAGAGCUGGACCUGAGUAUCAAUGACCUGCAGGAUUCAGGAGUAAAGCUUCUCUCUGAUGGACUGAAGAGUCAACACUGUAAACUGGAGACACUGAGAUUGGCCAUGUGUAAUCUCACUGCUCAGUGCUGUAAGAGUUUGUCUUCAGCUCUACAAUCCUCAAACUGUGUCCUGAGAGAGCUGGAGCUGAAUAACAAUGACCUGCAGGAUUCAGGAGUGAAGCUUCUCUCUGAUGGACUGAAGAGUCAACACUGUAAACUGGAGACACUGAGAUUGUCUGGCUGUAUGGUGACAGAGGAAGGCUGUGGUUUUCUGUCUUCAGCUCUGACUUCAAACCCCUCACACCUGAAAGAGCUGGAUCUGAGCUACAAUCAUCCAGGAGAUUCAGGAGUCAAGCUGCUCUCUGAACAACUGGAGGAUCCAAACUACACACUGGACAAACUCAAUCUGGGUCAUGGAGGAGACGCGAGGAUUACAGCAGGACUGCACAAAUAUGUCUGUUUCCUCACACUGGAUCCAAACACAGCACACACUUGUCUCAUUCUGUCUGAGGAGAACAGAGAGGUGAAGUGUGUGGAAGAGGAUCAGCCGUAUCCUGAUCAUCCAGACAGAUUUGAUUAUUGUCCUCAGGUGUUGUGCAGAGAGAGUGUGUGUGGACGCUGUUACUGGGAGACUGACUGCAGUGGAGAUCAUGGUGUGUGGAUAUCAGUGUCAUAUAAGAGCAUCAGGAGGAAGGGAGGAGGUGAUGAGUGUGUGUUUGGAUUUAAUGCUCAGUCCUGGAGUUUGAGCUGCUCUUCCUCCAGUUUCUCAUUCUGGCACAAUCACACACACACUGAACUCCCAGUGAAGCCGCUCAGCAGGAGAAUAGGAGUGUUUGUGGAUCACAGUGCAGGAACUCUGAUCUUCUACAACAUCUAUAGAGACACAAUGAGCCUCAUCCACUCCGUCCAGACCACAUUCACUGAGCCGCUCUGGCCUGGGUUUGGGGUCAGUUCUGGAUCAUCAGUGAAACUGAGCUGAAGACUGACGAGAGAUUUACCCACAAUCCUCUGCAGGAGCAGUCAGUAGCAGUGUGUGUGUUUGUGUGUGUGUGUGUGUGUGUGUGCGCGUGUGUUUGUGUGUGUGUUUGUGUAUGUGUGUGUGUGUGUGUGUGUGUGUGUGUGUGUGUGUGAGAGAGAGAGAUUUUUGAGAUUUUAACAAACUUUAUUUUGCUUUUUUAAAAGGGAAACAAAAUACAAUCAGUAUAACACAAUUUAAAAAUUUACAUUUACACUUUUUUUCCCUUUUAAACAAUUCAGGAAAAGAGUUUUCUCCUAUAACAGUCCACAUCUUUCCAUCUGAAUCCCAGAUAUCUUUAAAACUUUCAAUAUUUCCCAUCAAUCUAUAAUAAUUAAAUUCUAGAUGUAUUCUAGCUCUUAUUAUACAUGUAAAAAACAAUAAAACAUCUAAAUCAA